AUGAAUAUUCUUUCACGACCAAAUGCAAGGAUUGAUAAUCAAACUUUAUAUGAUAAUUUCUUGAAUGCAAAUAUUCAUACACAUGAAUCUUUAGCUAAUGAAACUGAAUAUGUUUAUUCUUCAUCUAAAGGAUAUAAAAAACUGGUCAAUGACAUUUAUAAUCAUAACGACUUUAACAAAUUAGACUAA